AUGAGGAAAAGAGAUUUUAGAUGUUUUCUCUUUGCAGGCCAGGAGAUUUCAGUCUCUGCUACCAUUCAAAACCCUGGUCACCUGGACAACAACCUGCUGUUGGCUCUGCUUGUAUUAUGGGGCUUAAUUGCCAGCGCAGUGACUGAAUCAACCCAUGCUGCUUUAUUCGGUGAGAUCUACUUGACUAACUACCACCACAGGAAAACCCAUAGCUGGGAUAUCACUGUUCCUCGGGGAUUUGCUCUGAAACUCCAUUUCCGGCAUUUUGAUUCCCUGGCGUCUUCGGCCUGUCUGCAGCAGUAUGUGGAGGCAUUCGCCGAGCGGCAGCGGUUGGGCAAAUUUUGCGGCAAUAGGACCUCGACCCGAAUGCACCACCCAAGCUCCAAGCUAACGGCGUCCGGUAGUCACGUUGUUAAACUGCGUGUGCGCUGCCAUUCCUUGGAUGAGGAGAGUCGACGGAAAUUUUCCCUGUUUUAUGAAGCUGUGGACAUCGACGAAUGCGUCCCUCGAUUGGAAAUGGAGACAGUUUGUGACCAUUUUUGUCACAAUUAUAUCGGAGGAUAUCAGUGCUACUGCCGCAAAGGUUACAGUCUCCAGAGCAACAAGAGGACGUGCAAAGUGAAGGACUGUGGCAUCCCUGAAGGUCUGGAAAACUGUGGUUAUGAGUACGUCACUGCCCAGAAUGUGACCCUGCUGGCCUCGGUCAUCAAAUUCAAAUGCGAUCAACGCUACUAUGUCAUGGUGGGGGGCGGAGAUGGAUUGUACACCUGUGAAGCAAACGGUAAAUGGAUGAACAGCAAAGUUGGGGAAACCCUCCCUUCCUGUGAGCCAGUGUGUGGGAAGCCGGCGGAGCCCCCUUCGUUCAGGCAGCGCAUCCUCGGAGGGAUCCCGGCGGAGGAGGGGAACUUCCCCUGGCAUGUCUACUUCGAGACGACGGUGUGCGGUGGCGCACUCCUGUCGGACCGCUGGGUGCUGACCAGCGCCUCCUGCGUGGAGCGCCAGCGGGCGCUGCGCAUGUUCGCCGGCGGGUCGGACCGGAACGCCCUGGGGCGCUGGAGGCUGCUGGAGGCGGAGGAGGUGCUCCCCCACCCGCUCUACGCCCAGCCCCCCAGCCACCGCCCGCCCGCCGAUUUCGACAACGACAUCGCCCUGAUCAAGCUCAAGAGGAAGGUCGGGAUGGGGCCCACCAUCUCCCCAAUCUGCCUGCCGGCCAAGCACCCCAAAUACCAGGCCGGGGCGGGGAAGGUGGGCUACGUAUCUGGCUUCGGCAGGACCGAGCGCUUUGCCCAGAGCGACGUCUUGAUGUACACCUUGAUCCCGGUGGUGGGAAUGUCGGAGUGCAGGAACGUCUCCGGCCCCGGUCGAGCUGCCUCCUUGACCGAGAACAUGCUGUGCGCAGGGAGCACAGGGGUUGACGCUUGCACCGGGGACGGGGGUGGGGCCUUCGUGCUCGAAGACCCCCUGGGGUCCAACACGUAUUACGUCGCCGGGAUCGUCUCCUGGGGGUUCAGCUGUGGGACCUACGGGGUCUACACCAAUGUCAUCAACUACCUCGAGUGGAUCAAGAGCACCAUGGCCGGGGGUAUCGCCGCUGGCCCAGCGAAAUAA